AUGGCUUCUCAGACAUUAGAACAAAUAUGUAUUGAGCAACCAACCACACCUGACAAAACUCCCAAAACUACUACUCAAAAGAAGUCGACCGAGCAAGUCGUGGAACGCGCUCAGUGGCUCCGAGCAGCCGUUCUCGGAGCCAACGAUGGGUUGCUCUCAACAACCUCUCUACUGCUCGGUAUCGGCGCGGCGAAGGAAGACCGUUGGUCCAUGGCUCUCGCCGGACUCGCUGGAGCUUUCGCAGGGGCUUGCAGCAUGGCGGUGGGCGAGUUCGUCUCCGUCUCGACUCAACGAGACAUUGAGGAGAGGCAUUAUUCUCUGGAAGACAAGCCCACGUGUCCGGAAUAUUCUAGGGUAUCUACGCCGGGAAGGUCACCGGCGAUGAGAGUGGUUGCGGAAGAACAUGCAGUAGCAGAUAGCUCUCGGCCAGUUGUGUUGCCGAAUCCGCACAAGGCUGCGGCGGCUUCAGCUCUGGCGUUUUUGAGUGGAUCGGUUUUUCCUCUGGUACCGGCUGCGUUGGUGGUUGACCAUGCGACGAGGAUUGUAGUGAUUGUGGUGGUGGCUACUUUGGUGCUUGCCGUUUUUGGUUGGGUUGGUGCACUGUUUGGUGGGUCGUCGCCUAAGGCCUCGGCGGUGAGAGUUGUGGUUGGAGGUUGUCUGGCCAUGGCUGUCACUUAUGCUUUGCUUAAGCCUUUUGAUGGAGACCAUGGCAAGAAGGAUUGA